AUGCAGCCAUUUCAAGGGCAUCUUCAAGGAGCGCCAUGUCCUGGAAUGGGUCGUACGCAUGGCUAUCCAGCUGAGGCAAACAUAAUACGGCGUCCGGAAACUGCAGCACAGCCGGGUCUUGCGGUUUUACAAUUACUUCAAUUUAUUGAUGGGCUUAGUUCGACGCAGAAGCGACAUGAUUUAGCUGGUUGGCGAACGUUUGUACAUGCCUAUUUUACGGAUUAUGCAAUGAUGCGACUUUCAUUGGCACCGCAGCGUGCACAAACAACUCAUUCUCCGCGGGUAUUUGAACUUCCAGUGUUAUCGUUACCGAUGUUUUUCUGGACAAACUACGAAAGUGGCGUUGCACAGAUGCAAUUUGUACUUGGAGCUGUUAAAGAACAUAUAACAAUAUCUCAUGGUUAUGUUGUUGCUUGUCCACAUGCUAAGCUUAUUUAUUGGUAUGCCAAUGGUUCUCAGGUUGUUGCUGAAGGGAACUUGUCUGUACAGUUUACUCCAGUUCUUCUUAAAAUGGAGUGGUUCGAAUUUAUUACUUUACGAUAUGAUGAAUAUAUCCUGCGUGAUACUGUUUGUCCUAAUGCACCUGCUUCUGUUGUCAACGAUUUGGGAAUUACACGUAGAGUCUUAAGAUGUCUUGAAAUGGGAGAAAGUUUAGCUGAUAUGUAUGCUUUAAUGAUGGCAUCUCAAGUUAAUCAUCUGGGGCCACUAAAAACUCUUUCCCAUUUUUCGUCAUUGCGUGAACGAACUGAUGGUAUUCGGUGA